ACCAUUUAACAUUUUAGUUUAGUGGUUGAAUCAAAAUGAAGUAUUCGCUGUCGCUCGUGGUGUUCGUUGCCUUUUAUUCUACGACCAAAGCUAUUGACUUCGGAGGUCUUGGCCAAUCAGUUGUAGAUAUAUCGAGAGGGUUGGCCGAGAGCAUACCGGGCUCUAUUAUAAAUCCGAAGGAUCUUUUUGAAUGUGGUAAAAAUAUCAUCGCCGGAUAUCCAUUCAAUCAAGUUUUUUCAGUGCUCAACACAUUCUGCUCAGCAGCUCUAACAACACAAAAUGUUAAGCCAAACAUAACGCCAUAUGUUGAAAGCAUGAAUUUCGUGUUGAGAAUCAAAAAUCAGAGCAUCUCAGUGCCACUGAAUAAACCAGAACAACUGUGGCUGUUGCCUGAAUUCAAUAGCUCACGUCCACUCGUUAUGAUGAUUACGGGAUGGUCGACAAAUUUCAAUAAAUCCGCAAGUUCUACUCUGGAAAAGGUGUACGAAGCUUAUAAAUGCAGGGGAGGGUACAAUUUUGUGGCAUUUGACUCAGCUGCCUUUAUCGAUACAUUGUAUACAUGGAGUGCAUUCAACACCGAAGAAAUUGGAAAUCUUAUUGCUGAUGCGUUGGAAGUACUAAUUCAAAAUUAUCCCAUUGAGAAAAUUCAUCUUUUAGGUCACAGCUUGGGCGCCCAUAUUUCUGGUUCGGCUGGUCGAAAUUUGUUUGAAAAAACAGGUAAACUUAUUCCGAGAAUAACAGGCUUAGACCCAGCUAAUCCUUGUUUUAAUUCUGGAGAGGCUUUGACUGGCCUUGGCCGUGGCGAUGCUGAAUUUGUCGACGUCAUUCAUUCGAAUAGUGGUGGCUUAGGAAAACGUGAUCCAUUAGGCGAUUCUGAUUGGUAUCCCAAUGGAGUGAACCCGUUGCCACCAGGUUGUUUUGAUAUUGUGUGUGCACACACACGUGCACCUGAAUUCUAUGCGGAAUCCGUGUAUCCGGGCAAUGAAAACAACUUUCUCGGAGUAAAAUGUGGUUCAUUGCAUGCUUUAAACACGGACAGUUGCCGAGGAAAACAGUAUCCCAUGGGCUAUGCAACACCGCAUAACUUAAAAGGAAAUUACUUUUUGAAAACCAACGGCAAAAGUCCCUAUGGAUUGAAUGCAGUAAAAGGAUUUACACCGUUUUCUGAGCUUAGACACGUUUGUGUGGUUUCGAAACAGCAGAAAACUAAAAUGAAAUUUCAAAAUUGUCAGCUAAUUGUUUGUUUGGCGGUGUGUGUGAUUGUGAGUGCAACCGUUGUAAGUGGUGCAUUUGAGGAGGAUGCUUUAUCUCUGGAACGUGACAGUGGUCGUUCAAUAGAAUCGACGGAAAUGCCGGCUCACCGAGGAUUAAUCAGUAAAAUGAUUGAGCGUGGAAAAUUGCUGAUAAAAUCGUUGCCGAGGACAUUCAAGUUGGCUGGUCGUGUGUUCAAUUUGGUGCCAAAGCCCGAAAGUAUAUUCAACAUUGGCAAGCAGGCUUUAAUCGGUUUGCCACAGGAAGCGAUUGCGUAUGCUGUGAAUUCAGUGUGCAGUGCAGCCAUCCACUUGAAUGUGAUCAAACCAUCGAUUACGCCGAGCGUUCACUUGAUGAAUUUUCAAUUUUACACGCCUCAUGGUGACACUUUUCGCAUUCCAUUGCUUGAACCGCAUAAACUGUGGAACAAUUCAAAGUUUAAUCGAGAAUGGAACACCACACUGGUUAUAACCGGAUGGAAUACGAACGUCAACUCAACGAAUGAAGCUGUGGAAACGUUAUAUCGAGCAUAUAGGCAACGAAAAAUCAAUUUUAUCGUGUUCGACACAUCCAAUUUCAUCGACACUCUGUACACUUGGAGCGCAUUCAACACAGAGGGCGUGGGAAAAAUCGUUGGUGCGGCCAUUGCUGAGCUGAACAAAGUCGUCGAUGUGAAAGGAAUUCAUUUAAUCGGCCACUCAUUGGGUGCUCACAUUGCUGGAAUUGCGGGACGGCAAUUCACACGCUUAACCAAUAAAUUAAUACCACGUGUAACGGGCCUAGAUCCAGCUCGUCCAUGUUUUAGUGAAGGCGAACGCUUGAAUGGACUACAACGUGGUGAUGCUUCGUUCGUUGACAUUAUCCAUACAAAUCCGGGCAUUUUGGGAAUUAAAGAGUCCAGAGGCGACAUAGAUUUUUAUCCAAAUGGACAAUAUUCACUGCAGCCAGGAUGUUGGACGAUAAUGUGCGCACAUAGUCGUGCUUAUGAAUAUUUUGCGGAGACUGUGUACAAGAACAAUGGCAACAACUUCAUUGGAACACAGUGCAAUUCAUUAUCGGCGCUGCGGGAUGGAAAAUGUGCAAUCAAACACAUUCCAAUGGGAAUCGAUACGCCAUCAACGGCACGCGGCAAUUACUAUUUGGAAACAAACAAAAAGACACCGUACGGUCGUACCUUUACGAAAUAUGCAAACGUGCAACAGUUGGCACAAAUCAUCCAGAAACUUGACCGAUUGAGACGCGAGUAUGCGCGAGAAGCAUUACAUGUUUCAAAGUGCCUUUUCGCAAGUUGGUUUUUCUUCCCAUUAAAAUUGUGUGUUGUUAGACGUUUGGAAGGGAAGAUGAAGUGUUUUUUGCUAUUUUUUCUGGUGUUUACGCUAUAUACAACUACCGUCGAGCCACUAGAUCUGGGUGAUAUUGGUAAAUCGGCAACAGAUGUGGCCAAAGGUGUCUUGGAAAAAAUUCCAGAUGCUAUUCCAAAACCAGAGGACCUUUUCCAAGCGGGAAAAAACCUUAUAGCCGGCUAUCCAUUCGAGCAAGUUUUCUCGGCCAUCAACACAUUUUGCUCGGCAGCACUUUCAACGAAAAAUGUACAGCCACGCUCGUUGCCCAACAUCGGUAACAUGAGCUACGUUCUUAAAACCAAAAACAAAAACAUUUCCGUGCCGUUAGACUCGCCGGAAGAAUUAUGGUCGCUCAAGGAAUUCGAUCCCAAACUGCCACUCGUCAUGGUCAUUACGGGCUGGACGACCAAUUUUAACGACACCCAAAAUCCUACACUCGACAAAAUCUACGACGCAUAUCGAUGCCGAGGAAAUGUUAAUUUUGUGACUGUCGACACAGCUGGUUUCGUGGAUACACUUUAUUCGUGGAGCGCAUUCAAUACGGAGGAAAUAGGAAAUGUUAUAGCUGAAUCGUUGAAACACUUGAUACAGUCGUAUCCCGUCGAAAAGAUUCACUUAAUCGGUCACUCGCUUGGAGCGCACAUUGCCGGUUCAGCUGGUAGAAAUUUGAAUUACAAAACCAAUAAACUAUUGCCACGAAUAACCGGACUCGACCCAGCCAAUCCAUGUUUUAAUCAGGGUGAAAAUUUAACAGGUUUAGCGCGUGGCGAUGCCGAUUUUGUUAUGGUAAUUCAUUCGAAUUCAGGAGCGCUGGGUAAACGUGAUCCAUUAGGUGAUAUUGACUGGUAUCCAAAUGGCGUGCAACCUCUUCCACCGGGUUGUUUGUCGAUUUCCUGCGCACAUCAACGUGCUCCAGAGUUUUACGCUGAGUCAGUUUAUCCGGGCAAUGAAAAUAAUUUUAUGGGAGUGAAAUGUGGUUCGUUAGCAGCAUACUCGGCAAAAUAUUGCCCGGGCAGAGCAUAUCCGAUGGGGUAUGCGACGCCACAAAAUUUGAAGGGAAACUUCUUUUUGAAAACCAAUGACAAAAGUCCAUUCGGUUUGAAUGCGACGAAAGAUUUCAAACCAGUUUGUGUUGAGAGUUAUUACAGUGAUAACUCGAUAGGUUCAACAACGACAAGUGAAACGACAUCGGUAGAAUCGACAACGAGCAAUGAAAGCACCACAACUGAUUCAACUGUAAGCACUUCAACUGGAUCAACUAUUGGCAGUUUUGUGAAGAAUAUUUGGUCUUAGUUCGUCUUUUUUUCAAUGGCAUUUAAAUGAGAACAAAAUUGAAACGUCAUACGUUUAUCUAUUCUUUAUGCUAAAAUUUGUGUAAAUUUAUUCGCUCAAGAUACGAAAAAAUAACCCAUAAUGCCUCAUAAAUUUGAUAAAACUACCGAGCCAGUACUGUAAUUGAUGAUAAAAAUGUAGAAUUAAGUACAGCAUAGAGUUUUUUGUUUUGUUUCUGAUUUGAAUGUUAAAUGUAAUAAUACGCCAUAUUCCACCUCUCUAAUAAAAGAUAAUUCGCAAUAUAUACUU